AUGGAUAUCGAUAAACCCCAAAGCGUUUCUACUGUUUCUUCAACUAUUGCCAAAGGCAUUAACGCUUCUAUCCACGCCACGAGUUGUUCUUUAAUUACUUCUAUUAUCCCGUUUACUUCAACCUCAAUAAAAGGCAAAGAAACACAAGUCGGAAAAAAAAUGUGUAAAAAACAACACGUAGUGUUAAACGGGUUCCCAAUAGAAGAGUUUUUUUCCGAUGAAUUCAACGAGUCCGAAGAACCGCAAGAACGGGUUGUGAAAUAG